AUGCCGAAGGAGCGAUUCAACGAGGAGAAGAAGGGCAUCGCGGUGCGCAUCCAGGAGCUGAUUGCGCAGGGCGAGUCGAUUACGCAGAUGAUGGAAGGCACGAAGAACAGCUCGCUGGGAUGGAAGGAAAAGCGCCGGCUGAAGAAGGAGGCGAAGAAGGCGUUGGACCAGUACCGAGCAGAAUGCAAGGAGCUGGACAAUGACUAUCUGAAACUCCGCGCGGAGCAUCUCAACUACAAAGAAAACAACCCUCUCUUGCCCGUGGCGAAGCUGAUUCUCGGCAUUCUCUCCAUCAUCAUCUCCAUCCUGUGGCUGCUCCAGCUGAUCUUCUACGUCUUCCCCAAGCAAUUCACUGGCGUCUCGCUCUUCCCCUUCCUCAACUCGAUGUUCAUCGGUCUGAACGACUACUUCCCGAUCCUGGCCUCCGUUCUGCUGCUCGUCUUCGCGCUGUAUUUCAUGUUCUGCACGAUCAACGGCGGAUUCAGCUUCGGUCUGCGCAUGUUCCUCAUGAACGUGCACGAAAUGGAGCCGCACGACACGCUGAUCACGUCGCUCGUGUUCAACGGAGGUCUGAUCCUCAUGACGGUCCUGCCGCUUCUGCAGUUCUGCUCGAAAGCGUUCGGCGAUUAUGCUGCGCAGUCCGAAGUGAUUGAUAUCCUUGCGUGCAGAGUUGUGCAGCGUGGAGAUCCUUGA